UUUUUUUUUUUUUAAUUCGCGCACAACUAUCUGAGACUCUUCUUCUUCCUCCUCCUCCUCCAUUCCCAUCUCAAGCAUGCACUAGAAUCCGAGCUCCGAAAUGCUCAGUAAUGGUGACGCGCCUACUCGCGUUCCCCCUCAAACCCUACUCUCCUCCUCCUCCUCCUCCUCCUCUGCCUACUCCCCCCUUUCCCUUCUCUCAGAGAUUCAAAAUCCCAUUUUCCUCCUCCCCGAGAUCCCAAUUACGCAAAUUCGCGGCGUACUCACAUGCCGAAUCUGCUGCAGAAUCGAAGUUUGAUGUCGAAUUUUCGAGAGAAUCGGAAAAGGAGGAGCUUUCCUGGGACCAAUUCAACUCCUUGAUCCAAGUCCACUGCUCGAAAGGCCACCUCGACGAGCCCUUGGAUCUCCUCGCCCGCAUGGAGGCGCUGGGCAUGCGCCCCGACCCCUCCUCCUACGCCUGCCUCAUCGACGCCCUCGGCCGCGUCGGCCGCACCCUCGAAGCCGACGCCAUCUUCCAGGAGAUGCGGCGCUUCGGCCUCCGCCCCGGCCCGGCGCACUACAAUUCGCUCCUCGGAGCGUUCCUGCGGAAGGGGCAACUGCACCUCGCCGACCACCUGCUUGUGGAAAUGCACGAGAGAGGCGUCGCAAGGAAGAGAGAGACCUUCUUGCUGCUCCUCGAUUCCUACGCGCACGCUGGGAGGCUAGAGGACAGUUGGUGGGUCCUUGCGGAGAUGAAGCGGCGGGGAAUUCGAUUGGAUACCUAUGUUUACAGCAAGGUGCUUGCGCUGUACAGGGAUAACGGCAUGUGGAAGAAGGCGAUGGCGCUCGUGAUGGAGAUGCAGGAGCUGGGGAUCAAGCCGGAUAGAAGGAUUUACAAUGGGAUGAUCGACACGUUUGGGAAAUACGGUCGGUUGGACGAUGUGGUGAAGGUGUUCGAUAAAAUGCUUGGGAGAGGGUUGAGGCCGGAUAUUGUGACUUGGAAUGCUUUGAUAAGGUGGCAUUGUAGGGCCGGGGACCUCAAGAAGGCGUUAGGGUUUUUUGCGAAGAUGCAGGAAGAGGGGUUGUACCCGGAUCCGAAGAUUUUUAUUACAAUUAUUAGCCGGUUGGGGGAGGAGGGAAAGUGGGGUGAGAUCAAGAGACUGUUUGAGGGGAUGAAACUUAAAGGUCUUAGGAAAAGUGGGGUCAUUUAUGCAAUCUUAGUUGAUAUUUACGGGCAGUAUGGGCAGUUUAGGGAUGCCGAGGAUUGUGUAGCUGCUCUUAAGGCGGAAGGUCUCCAGCUUUCGGCCAGCGUCUUUUGUGUACUCGCAAAUGCUUAUGCUCAGCAAGGUUUGUGUGAGCAAACAGUAAAAGUAUUUAGAUUAAUGGAGGAAGAAGGUAUUGAACCAAACCUUAUAAUGCUCAAUUUGUUAAUCAAUGCGUUCGGUAUUGCUGGAAGGCAUUUAGAGGCAGUAGCAGUAUUUGAACAUAUCAAGGACAGUGGUAUCAGUCCAGAUGUGGUUACGUACAGUACUCUCAUGAAAGCAUUCAUGAGAGCAAGACAAUAUGAAAAGGUCUUAGGAAUAUACAAGGAAAUGGAGAGUGCUGGAUGUACCCCAGACAGAAAAGCUAGGGAGAUUCUGCAGAAUGCCUCAAUCAUACUACAACAACGAGGAUGCAGUUUAGUUGGUUGAAGUUCGAAACCUCUUCAGAUUCUGAGGCAUUACAAUGUUUUUCCAAAUAACAAGACAGAAAUUGGAAGCAAUUAAACACUUUCCGAGCAAAGCAACCUCCAAUUCUGCAAAGAAAGGAUCCCAAUUGAUGUGGUAGUUAAUCCGCGGAGUUAUCAGAUGUUACAAACUGCAUAACAUCAUUAAAAUUUCUGGAAAAGUAUGAGUGGUUCUGCGAAUGUUUGAGAAGGAACUAUUUGGCACCUGCUUUGGGGAAUACAAAUAUUUGUGAACAAGAAAUAGGAAAAAUAGCAUGCAGAGCCUUAUAUAAAGAGGAGGAAUAUGCGAAACGCGAUUCCUGGUUCGCUAGAAGCUUAUAUGGAGGAACAUAAAAUUGAAUGUAAAAUCGUGGAAGUUUUGAGAUAAUUUCUAUAACUUUUUCUGAUGUUUAUAUGUAAUAAUGUGUCUUAAGUUUAUGCUGAGGGUUGUUCCUCGUAAAGAGUAUGCAUUGUGCGAUAAUUUCAGCAUCUGUGCUCCUAUUGUUAGCAUUUGUAAAACUUUGGUUAUCUUGUGUUGAAGAUGGGCCUGAUUGGAUUAGUUUA